AUGCCGCUAGUGCCGCAGGACGUAAGAGGAGUGAGUACCCGUUCAAUGUCAGAAGCGCAGCGUGUGAGGGAAGAGGGUGCUGCAGCGCAAACCAGCGAUGCAGAAGCCAAGCCUGUGCAGGUGGAUCUUCUGCUACAGCUGCAGCAAAUGAUGGCAGAGCAAGCGCGCCGCCAAGAAGAGCAAGCGCGCCGCCAAGAAGAGCAAGCGCGCCGCCAAGAAGAGCAAGCGCGCUGUCAGGCAGAACAGCUGCGGGAGCUGAAAGAAGAGCAAGCGCGCCGCCAAGAAGAGCAAGCGCGCCGCCAAGAAGAGCAAGCGCGCCGCCAAGAGGAGCAAGCACGCUGUCAGGCAGAACAGCUACGGGAGCAAGCACACUGUCAGGCGGAGCAGCUACGGGAGCUGAAAGAGAUGCAUAAGGAUUUCACGAAGGGACUGCAAAAGGCUGUCGAACGGGUACAGGAAGUGGAGGAAGGGUUAGGCAAGUUGGAACAUCGCGUCAUGGCCAUAGAGGAGAGAGUGGAAGAAGAGAUCUCCAAAAUCAAGCAGGAAAUGACAAGCCCAAGCCCUUUGAAGAGCCGAAGCCGUCUUGCAGCCGUUUUUGACGCCCCAAAUGCGGCCUCAAGCGCAACGAAAGGGCUCAAGAUUCCCCAUUACGACGGAACAACAUCCUGGACCGCGUUCAAGCUACAGUUUGAGACACUUAUGGAGGCUUAUGGUUGGACUCAGAAGGAAGCACAGUCAGCCCUCACCCUGGCCCUCCGUGAUCAAGCGCUCUCAGUGCUGGAAGCUAUCGGCGCAAGUGGGGAUCUCAGCUUUAGUACCCUCCUCGACGCACUUGAGGCACGUUUUGGAGACAGCCACCUCGAGCACGUGUACAGAGCGCAAUUAAAAGAGCGUACUCAGCGUGCUAAUGAGAGUCUACAGCAAUGGUCCGUGGAAAUCGAGAAACUUGUGCGUCGAGCUUUUCGGUCGACUCCAUCAAUGAUUGAAGGCACGCUUCUCCAAGCAUUCAUUGACGGUGUUCGGGACCCCGAAGUACGAGCUGUUGUUCAUCUAGGCCAUCACAAGAACAUGAAAGAAGCUCUGGCCCAUGCAUUGGAAGUGGAAGCCGUGCGUGGUAACUCCCGUACCUUACGUCUGCGGGAAAUGACGACAACGGAGCAGGUACCUCCACGCCGUCGGAACUUCAUGUGCUAUGGAUGCGGAGAGCGUGGGCACAUGCGGAGCGACUGCCCGAAGAAGGUGAACCGCCAGGACGCGGCGGUCUCAACUUCUGACCAGCAGGGAAACUAA